AUGAGCGGCCCCUGCCUGGGGCUCCGCAAGGCCGGCUUCCUGCUGUCCGUCAGCGCCGCCGCCCUCCUCCUCCUCCUGCUGCCGCGGGGGCAGCCCCCCGCCGCGCCCCGCCGUCGCCCGCCGCCCGCCGCCGGGCCUAGCGGGCCUCCGCCGCAGCGGGCGGGUCCCGGGGGGAGCGGCGUGCCCGGCACGCGGGCGGGCUCGGGCGGGGAGCAGGGCGGCGGGCCGGGGGCCGGGGCCGGGGCGGGCGGCCGGGGCGGGGGCCUCGCUGGCAGCCCGCGGCCUGCGCGGAAGGGCCGCCUUGGGCCUGCCGGAGGCUCGGCCAGGGAGAGCCUGGAGCUGAAGGACAUCUUCAUUGCGGUGAAGACCACGAGGAAGUACCACAGGAGCCGGCUGGACUUGCUCCUCCAAACCUGGAUCUCCCAGGCGAGGGGACAGACAUUUAUAUUCACAGACUGGGAGGAUCGGGAGCUACGCCUGAAAGCAGGGGAUCAUAUGAUCAACACCAACUGUUCUGCUGUCCAUACCCGGCAAGCUCUCUGCUGCAAGAUGUCUGUGGAAUAUGAUAAGUUCCUGGAAUCUGGGCAAAAAUGGUUUUGCCAUGUGGAUGAUGACAACUAUGUGAACCCUCGGACUCUCCUGCGUCUCUUAUCUGCCUUCUCACACAGCCAGGAUGUCUAUGUGGGUCGACCAAGUCUGGACCAUCCCAUUGAAGCAGCUGACCAUGUCCAAAGUGAUGGAUCAAAGACAACCGUGAAAUUCUGGUUUGCCACAGGUGGAGCAGGAUUCUGUAUCAGCAGAGGUCUUGCCCUGAAGAUGAGUCCCUGGGCCAGCCUAGGUAAUUUCAUCAGUACUGCAGAAAGAGUGCGUCUUCCUGACGACUGCACUAUUGGCUACAUCAUUGAAGGGCUGCUGGAGGUAAAGCUGCUGCACAGCCCAUUGUUCCAUUCCCAUCUGGAAAAUCUGCAGAGACUACAAGGCGAGUCUGUCCUGCAGCAGGUAACCCUAAGUUAUGGGGACCCUGAGAACAAACACAAUGUUGUGAGUGUGGGAGGAGUGUUUGGCCUUCAGCAAGAUCCAACCCGAUUUAAAUCUGUCCAUUGUCUGCUCUAUCCUGACACUAUUUGGUGCCCUGCUAAGAAGAUGUCAUAAUUCUUGACCAGUCGUUGACACCCGUAUCUUACCUAGUUUGCAUAAGACAGGAGUUGUGGUGGACUUUUUUGUUUGAGUUUUUUUUGUUCUUCUCGGAGACAACCAGAGGGAUCUACAAAGGAGGUAGACAGACUCUACUUAGAAAAGCAAGAAGGUGUGGUUUGUUCAGCUGCAGCCGGGGACAUUCCAAGAAGAAUCUACUGUUAGGGGCUUUCAAAGGCCAUUGUCUUGAAGCUGGAGUGCUAUAGCAGACUGUAGUCCCCAUGGUGACAAGAGAGGGGAAGUUUUAACUUGUCUUUCUUGGGAACACAAUUAAUUAAGAGCUUCUGUGGCCUGCCAUAUUAAGCUCCACCUGUGGGCUGUUCGUAAAUACCAGAAAUCCUGGAAUCAUGAGGGUAAACAAGGCUGAAAGCCUUUAUCAUGGGAAAACCCUGUGUAAGGGUAAGCUUACUCAGGACUGGAUAAGAGUUACUUACAAUGCACAUUCUCCCCUGUAGUCCAUGUGUACCUCCCAUGGAGGUGAUUGUCAGACUUGGCUCUCUUACCAGCUGAAUUGCAGUGGUUGUUGAUGAUGGUGAUCUGCAAGGUCCAAAGCUAUUCCCUUGAUAUUUGAUACUGAAGAAAUAUUUGCCAGACUAGAUGAUAAUAAUUUCUCCUGCUUUGCCCACAACAGGUUGUGUGAGCUAGAGCAUGUGCAUUGGCUGAUGAAAGACGGCCUGUUUCUGAAGUUGUGCUGUUACCUUUUGCUGUCUGUGAGGGAGGAGGAACGCUAGAUAGCUGUAAUGCCCUGAGGAAGUUUUUGAUGGUAUUGUUUGAGUACCUUUAAUUGUAUGACUGUGGUUACUCCACUUCAGCUUCUUCAGAUAAUCUUUUGAUUACCUUAAGGACUAGAUCAGUGCUUAUUUUUACUCCUUAAUGUUUCAAUAAAUAGUUCAUGCUGUCACUAAAAGGAGACUGCACACACACAAAGGCAGAAGUUCAAUGCUGUAGCAGUAUCACUUGCUGUUGCUUUUUAAAUGAAGUAAGCUUAGGUUUGAAAGUUGAAUAAAUGGGGGUCCGUAUGUUUACUUUUCUGUUAGCCCAAACUUUGGCUAUGUGCAAUCCCUACCAUACAUGAAGAACAGCAUAAAAAAUUGCUUUGCAAAAUCACUGUUUACUCUCACAAACUCUUCAGAAAAUACUUGCUGGUUUAGUGCUAGAGUCUGAGGCUAAAUUAAGGGGAGAAUAACAGAAUGAUAUUGUACAACCUGGAACUAUGAUUAACAGCUAGAAUGUGGACCUAGCAAAAGUUUCAGAUUUCUAAACAGCUGUGCUGAGCUGUACUGGGGACUUCAGCUAGUUGCUUAACUUCCUGCCAUUUGAAAAGUGGUAUAAUGUAGGCAAACGCCUGCAAUGUAUGCAAGUAUGAAACUUAGCAGAGGUGUCAGCCUCCUGAAAUACACGGUUCCCUGUACGCUAUUUUGAACACAAACCUUUCAGCAUUUACCUGGGUACGUUGUCCUUGCUGCAUGAUUUUAGUUAAUUCCACUGAGGAGCAAACAAGCUGACUGCUACUUGCUACAGUCCUGCAGCUCAUUCUUAAAUUUCUCCUUUUCUUCCUGCCUACAAAGGUGACCAUGAGGUAUGGGAAUAGGAAUGCUGCAGGGAAUCGGAUCAAGGUCCAGCUAGCACAGUGGCUGUUCCGUAACAGGUAUACCUGUAACACUGACAGCCUGUUACAGAAAACAGGAUUUGUGGAAUAGUAGGUUGUGGUAUGUUCUGCCUCUUUAUUAGGUCUUCUGCUCACUAGAACUGAAGUGUCCUAUGGUGUAGUGUUUUCUCAUUAAUAGCUGUGGAGAUUCCUGGUAUGUAUAUAAAUACCUAUUUUUUUAACGCUUGUUAGUUCUUGUUUUCAACUCCUGUAGCAGAAAGCUGUGAAAUUUCAUGAGCUCUUAAUGAGAUUUUGUCUUCAAACACUUAUUCUGAGCUUUUCUGUUGGAACUUUUCUUCCUCUUCCACUGGUAGCAGGCUCUUGUAAGGUAUCUCAGACAGCAUGGACUGGGUAGUGAUUGUGUGGCAAACUGCAGUUCCAAAAUGACAACACUUUGUAUGAAUGGCAGCAAAACUGAGCAGUAGAAGAUUCACACUGUAGUCACUUGUCGCUCUAAACUAGGUGAGCCAAAGAGACAGCAUACUCUAAGCUGGUAGGUUGUUUAUUAAACUGAAAAAGGACCGCAUUCUCCUGCAUGGCAAUACAGGACUGUUCAAUCUGUUCAAGCUUUUAAGGUUUCUUGUGUUGACAAUACAGUAGGCUGUGUGGAUAUAUCAAGAUGCAGCUCUUUAAUCAAAUUACUGUCUCAUACACAAAGCGAUUCUACAAAAUAAAUAUUUAAA